CCCACUUUUCUCCACUGCAACUACCAUAACACCGUCGCUCUCAUCACAGUUUUCUCCGGUAUGGCUGCUUUUUCCUACGAUUCCAUGCUUUUGUCUCCCACCAACAACUCAUUCAAUUCUGAAAAUGAUUCCACCGCGGUGGAUAAGCUCCGACACGGUGAACAAGUUACACAAAAUGCGAAAAGGAAGAUGAGAAACGCGACAACCUUGGAUUCUUUGGAUGAAGAAACAGGGAAGAAAAGUAAGCAAAACAAGUGCAAUGAAAAGAAAGACAAAGAGGCUCCAACACAGUACGUUCAUGUAAGAGCCCGAAGGGGUCAAGCAACUGACAGCCACAGUCUAGCAGAAAGGGUAAGAAGAGAGAAAAUCAGUGAGAGGAUGAAGAUAUUGCAAUGUCUUGUUCCUGGCUGUGACAAGGUGAGUGAGAAGGCCCUUAUGCUGGAUGAAAUCAUCAAUUAUGUGCAGUCCCUACAAAACCAAGUUGAGCUUCUGUCGACGAAGCUUGCUUCUAUUAAUCCCAUAUUUCAUGACGUUAGAGUGGACUUGGAUGCUUUAAUGGUGAAACCAGAGAGUUGGAUUGCAUCACCACCACCACUGCAACAGCCCACCACCUUUGCUCCACCUUCUGCUGCAGGUUUGGGAGGACGAUGGCCCAAUGUCUUCUUCUCUCGCCCUCAGGUCAGGAUAAUGCUAGUUUAUUAUGGGAUUUGGGUUCUUUCCCUUGAUAUUAAGCCUCUGUUCUCCGGCAAGAUACUGGUUGCGUCGUGGCCACCAAUCGACUCACCGUCCCACGCCGAGCAAAACCCGUUCGACCUUUCUCCGUCUAAGCUCGCCGUUCGUAGUAAAUCCACUGACAAAGCCUAA